AGUUGCUGGGCCCGGCUUCCGGGAGGUGCCGGCGCGAUGGCAUUGUCGGCCAGUGUCGCUGGGUAGCGGCGACGUGUGGGCGUGUGGGUCCUGUGAUCUGGCCCCAGCGCUCGGGCCCCCGGGUCUUUGCCGGCGGGCACGGAGAGGGCUGCAGAUCGCCGGCCGCCGCCGCCGCCGCCCCCACCACCACCACCCCCGGGCAUGUCGGCGGAGGCCUCGGGCCCGGCGGCGGCCCAGGCCCUGUCCCUGGAAGUCCCCAAGCCUUCGGAACUCGAGCCUGGACCAGCCGCCUACGGCCUCAAGCCACUGACCCCCAACAGCAAGUAUGUGAAGCUGAACGUGGGCGGCUCGCUGCACUACACCACGCUGCGCACGCUCACGGGACAGGACUCCGUGCUCAACGCCAUGUUCAGCGGCCGAGCCGAGGUGAUCACAGAUGCCGGAGGUUGGGUCCUGAUUGACAGGAGCGGCCGCCACUUUGGCACAAUCCUCAACUACCUGCGGGAUGGGUCAGUGCCACUGCCUGAGAGUACCAGAGAGCUGGGGGAACUGCUAGGGGAAGCACGCUACUACCUGGUACAGGGUCUGAUUGAGGAUUGCCAGCUGGCACUGCAGCAAAAAAGGGAGAACCUGUCCCCGCUGUGCCUCAUCCCCACCGUGACAUCUCCCCGGGAGGAGCAGCAGCUCCUGGCCAGCACCUCCAAGCCCGUGGUGAAGCUCCUGCACAACCGCAGUAACAACAAGUACUCCUACACCAGCACCUCAGAUGACAACCUCCUCAAGAACAUCGAGCUGUUUGACAAGCUGGCCCUGCGCUUCCACGGGCGGCUGCUCUUCCUCAAGGACGUGCUGGGCGACGAAAUCUGCUGCUGGUCUUUCUACGGGCAGGGCCGCAAAAUCGCGGAGGUGUGUUGCACCUCCAUUGUCUAUGCCACGGAGAAGAAGCAGACCAAGGUGGAGUUCCCAGAGGCCCGGAUCUUUGAGGAAACCCUGAACAUCCUGAUCUAUGAGACUCCCCGGGGCCCAGACCCAGCCCUCCUGGAGGCCACAGGGGGUGCAGCAGGCGGUGGCGGGGCCAGCCGAGGAGACGACGAGGAGGGCCGAGAGCACCGGGUCCGCAGAAUCCACGUGCGGCGUCACAUCACCCACGACGAGCGUCCUCACGGCCAACAGAUCGUCUUUAAGGACUGAUCCUGACCUUUUUCCAUUUCCCUUCUGACGCUGGAACCCAGUCCCUCUCUCGUUUCCGCCCCGUCCCAGCCCUCUUCCCCGGCUUUGCUGGCCAAGCCGCGAGUCUUCCUUUGUCCUUCCGUUGCAUGGUACAGUGCACUUCAGGCUUUUCCAUCCAUUCCCACUUCAUUACUGACAACACGGUACAUUCCAGCCCCUGCCUGGGCCAGAGCCCUCCCGACGGCC